UUAUUCAGUUGUUCGGGAUUACCGUCACGUCUCUUCUUCUCUCUCUUGACUCUGUAAUCUCCUUCCAAUUUCGUUGUUUCAACGGCUGGUUCUCUCUUCUUCCCGUGAUAAGUCUAACCUCAUAUCUCACUCCCCCAUAUAAAUAGCUAAAAUAAGAAUGUAUAGACAAUGCAGCUCGAUCUGGGACACCGUCAAUAUUCAUGAUUUUAGUUCAUCAAUCCUAUCUCCCAUUUGUCCCCUAGAUCUGCACUCGCUGGCAUUAAACCUCAGUUUACGAAUUCCGACAAACCAAGAACAUCGUAUAUGCAUUAUAAGUACAGCUACAACUUCUGGAUAUUAAUCUCUGUCAAGCUAAUGAAGAACGAUCAAAUUUCAUCUCUUGUAACAGUACCUGUAAUUAUAUCCACAGUGGCGCCAUCUGUUUGCCCCAUGUCGCGAUGUAAGUCUAUUAUUCCUUGCAUCGUAUGUGUUGCUGCGUCUUGAAAUCCUAAUUGCUACGGUUCGGCUGCAUCACAAGGAGGAACGACUGUGAGGAAUAGCCAAUUUUUUCAACAAUCUUUUCGGUUUGGUUCAUUCUUUGACUGCUCUAACUGCGCGGUUCUAGCCAUCAGUCAUAGAAAACUCAUUUUCAAAAAAAAAAGAAGUUAUCGAACACUCAGCUCUAAUGAAGGGGAGAGUGAAGCCUUUGUUCGGUAUUUCGCUGCUGGCUGUGGUGGCGGUCACUCUGAGCUGCCGGGUCACGUUUCGCAGCGGAUUCAUCUCGUUCCAGCCCCAAAACGACGGCGGCACAUUAGGAAGUAUGUCUACAGCGGAGUUGAAUGAGACGCUGCUGAAAUACGCGGCGGUUGACUUGGCGGAAGAGCAGUGGAAGCAGGAAGUCGAGCAACAGCUGGAAGGGAAUUUCUACAACCCGAGGCAGAAAAGGACGUUUCUGUCCCCCGGCAGGUACGUAGUUCGGGAUCUGCGAUCCAAGUCGUACAAGGGCAUUCCGGUAAACAUCCAGUCGCCCGAGUUUUACCCGCUGUGGGUGGAGUUCAGGAAAAAUUUGCACGGUUGGUGGCAGAACAUGCGGUUCGAGCCGGACAUCAUGUCGGAUUUGGUCAAUCUAGUAAAAGCUCCGAUCGAUCGGAACGACUCUCAAGCGAGUACGGAGAGACGGUAUUCGUCCUGUGCCGUAGUGGGCAGCAGCGGGAUUCUGCUGCAGAGCGAAAACGGCGACCUGAUCGACAGCCACGAGAUGGUGAUCCGGUUGAACAACGCCCGGACCAGCGGCUUCGAGGGCCAUGUGGGUUCGAAGACGACGCUCUCGUUCCUCAACAGCCACAUGCUGCACUUGUGCGCUGCAAAAGAAGGAUGCUUCUGCCAUCAAUACGGCGAAAACGUUCCCAUUGUUGAGUACAUUUGCCAGCCCAUCCAUUUCCUGGACUACGCCCAGUGCAAAUCAUCUCACAAGACCCCUCUCGUGGUCACCGACGCGCGGUUCGACCUGCUGUGCGCCCGGAUCGCCAAGUACUAUUCGUUGAGGCGAUUCGCGGAGAGGGCGAAGACGAAGUCGUUAAAUCAGUGGCUGGCCGAUUGGCGAUCGGCCAAGGACGCGUAUUACUUCCACUACUCUUCGGGGAUGCAGGCUGUUAUGCUUGCGGUGGGUAUCUGUGACAAGGUUAGCGUCUUCGGGUUCGGGAAAUCGAACUGGGCUAAGCACCAUUACGACACGAAUCAAAAGGCCGAGUUGCGCUGCCAUGAUUACGAAGCAGAGUACGAUCUUUACGACGAUUUGGUCCAUCAGCCGGAGGCGAUACCGUUCGUCUCGGACAAGUUCAAGUUCCCUUCUGUGGCAAUCUAUCAAUGACGUUUCACACGUUGAAGCCAUAGGAAUUCUGUGGCAAUUUGUUCGUAGUUUCUUUGUCUAGUUUAAAAACGAUGAAAGAGCAGAUGAUGUGUAGAAGAUACAUGUAUGUAUACUUAGUUUCGGUUAUUAUUUUUCUUUCUCUAAAUCUUGAUGAGCCCUCUAGACUCGCAAGUAAAUGAUACAGGAAUUGAAUUCGGAUUAUAGAGCCUUCUUUUGGACUGCUUUAUUUAUCCAAACUUUGUGAUGUUGGUAUAUAUGU